ACGUUAGCUUCCCUGGCAGCGGUUAGCUUGAUGUUUUGCUGCCGUUGCCGUGGUUUGUUUUAUUUCGAGCUCGACGCAGAAAACCUGUCACUGGAGCUAAGUUUGUUAGCACCGUUAGCUGCGGCAUUGACAUGUCAUCGCGUCAACAACAGCAGCAACAACGCGGGGCUGUUUAACGAGCGACGCGUCUGUCGAAGACAAACAUCUGCGGAGGAAAUCGCAGGAGAAGUGAGAUGAAAUGACAACGUCAACACUGCAGAAAGCGAUUGAUCUUGUGACCAAAGCCACAGAAGAAGACAAGGCGAAGAACUAUGAGGAGGCCUUGCGCCUGUAUCAGCACUCUGUGGAAUAUUUCCUUCACGCCAUUAAAUAUGAGGCUCACAGCGACAAGGCCAAGGAGAGCAUACGAGCGAAAUGCAAGCAGUACCUGGACCGAGCAGAGAAGCUGAAGGAUUAUCUGAAGAAUAAAGACAAACAGGGGAAGAAGCCCGUGAAGGAGGCGCAGAGCAAUGACAAGAGCGACAGCGACAGUGAAGGGGAAAACCCAGAGAAGAAGAAACUGCAGGAGCAGCUCAUGGGUGCCAUUGUCAUGGAGAAGCCUAACGUGCGGUGGAACGACGUGGCAGGACUGGAGGGAGCCAAGGAGGCUCUGAAAGAAGCCGUCAUCCUGCCCAUUAAAUUCCCUCACCUGUUCACAGGCAAACGAACGCCGUGGAGAGGGAUCCUGCUGUUCGGUCCUCCAGGGACAGGGAAGUCGUACCUGGCCAAGGCUGUGGCCACAGAAGCCAACAACUCCACCUUCUUCUCCGUCUCCUCCUCUGACCUCAUGUCCAAGUGGCUGGGAGAGAGUGAGAAGCUGGUGAAGAAUCUGUUCGACCUCGCUCGCCAACACAAACCCUCCAUCAUCUUCAUCGACGAGGUGGACUCGCUGUGUGGCUCCAGGAAUGAGAAUGAGAGCGAGGCCGCCCGCCGCAUCAAGACCGAGUUCCUGGUCCAGAUGCAGGGUGUGGGAAAUAACAACGAUGGUAUUUUGGUUCUGGGAGCCACAAACAUCCCGUGGGUGCUGGACGCUGCCAUCCGUAGAAGAUUCGAGAAGCGGAUCUAUAUCCCGCUGCCGGAGGAGCCGGCCCGCUCUCAGAUGUUCCGCCUCCACCUGGGAAACACGCCGCACAGCCUGAGCGACGCCGACCUGCGACAGCUUGCGCACAAGACGGACGGGUACUCGGGGGCCGACAUUAGCAUCAUCGUCCGCGACGCUCUCAUGCAGCCGGUCAGGAAGGUCCAGUCGGCCACGCACUUCAAAAAGGUUUGUGGUCCGUCGCGCAGCAACUGCCAGGUUAUGGUGGACGACCUCUUGACCCCUUGUUCCCCCGGCGACCCCGCAGCCAUAGAGAUGACCUGGAUGGACGUGCCGAGUGAUAAACUGCUAGAGCCUAUAGUUUGCAUGUCAGACAUGCUGCGCUCUCUGUCCACCACUCGUCCCACGGUCAACACCGAGGACCUGCUGAAGGUCAAGAAGUUCACAGAGGAUUUUGGGAUGGAGGGCUGAGAGGUGAAGCCCCGCCUCCCCCGCCCCCUCCCUCCACUGCUGCACCAUCCUGUAGACGUUCAUGUUCCGCUGAGCGCUCGGUUCACUCCUCAUGGAUUUGAAAUAAAAACUAAAUUAUUUAUUUAUUUCUUCUCAAAAAUCAGUCCAGUAUUAUCAUCAUCAUCAUCAUCGUCAUUAUUAUUAUUAUUGUGAAUCCUCAGAGGAAGUCGAUCCAACGCAGCGACAGAAGAAUCUUGGUGUGAGUUUCCCGGCGCUCUUUCAUCACGCCAUGGCUUUGUCCUGGACUGAGCUGGCUCCGCCUCUGACUGAAGGGCGGAGUCUUUCCAUUGCCAUGAUGCACUUUUUCUCCAUUCUUUUUUUUGUUUUGCUUUGGUGAAGACGUGAAAAGAAGAGACAUAAGAUGUUGGUUCUCCUGCCAGGCAUGUGAGUGUGUGAGUGCAUCCGUGUAAAUGUCUACAUUUGUGUUAAAGUGUUAAAUUAUUCCACUCAUUGUGAUAAUUCACGGUUUGUUUUUGAAGGGAGGCUGUAUGACGUGCUGACGUUCAGAGAAGCAGCAAGAAAAAAAACGUCUUUAUCUCACUGUCAACAGGAAACUCAAGUUUGUAAACCACUCACUCACUCUCUCACACCAAAGUCCACAGAGAAAAUCAGUGAUUUUAGCUGCUGGUCCUCUGCUGCCUCGUGUGGUCACUGUGUGUCACAUAAAUAAAUUGGAAUGAAGAAUUCCAAAAGACAAAGUGACAAAAUCAGACAUUAGAACUUAUUGAUGGAGGCGUGUGUGUGUGUGUGGGGGGGGGACUUUGGUGUGGGAGAGUGAGUGGUUUACAAACUUCAGCUUCCUGUUGAUAAAAGUCUGACUGACUUAGAGAUAAAGACGUGUUUACUAAAAUUGACGUGGAUUUUAUUAUUCUAUAUUCUUCUAAGCUGCUCAGACCAGGAGGGGGCGCUCACAGUGCACUCUGCUGUGACUGUAUGUCAAAUACAAAAAAACCUUUUCACUUUCAUGUUCUGGAAUCUUUAAAAACACAUUUGAUCAACUUUACAGGCCGUUUACUCCAUUUAAACGUUUCAUUUCUAAGUGAUUUAAACUUAAUGGUUGACUGACAAACUUACGUUUCGAUCACAUGAUGUAAUUUACUGAGUUAAAGUUUCCGUCAGCGACGUCGUCGGCUCAGUGGCCCCAUCUGUAGUCAGAAUUUGGAAUUUCCAUGUCACAAACUCGGAGAAUUAACCGUCUUUUUAAAUAAACCGUAUACAGAGAACUGUAUCGUGUUUUUAUCGUAGACACGUCGCGUUUUAACAACUUUGUCCGCUUUUUCAUCGCCGCUAUCCACUUAAAACGUCCGAGUGAGGACACGUUCAUUUCCCAUGAUUCCACGCUGCCCGCAAAAUGUCUUUUUUAAUUGUUUGGAUUGGGAGACACCUAGUGGGCGAAAAAUGUCAUUUUCUCAAUAAUCACUGACGGCAAGCUUUAACGUCUGCACUCCGUUUCCCAGAAUGCACUGUGGUGUCUGUCCGUGUUGGUUUUCGUCACGUUUGUUUCCGACAGUUUCACGUAACACUAAUUCUUCUCCGCGUCGAUUCUGUUUACAGUUUUUUGUUUCGUUUGUUUUCGUCACAGCUUCUGAACUCUGACGUCAAACAACAGUUGUCGGAUGUUUGACCUCUGACCUCGGCCGCGUCAGUGGGCUCAUCUGUUAUUAACAAUCUGCCACUGGCCGUGUUAACGUAACUAAUUUAACCUCAAUUAAUAAAAAGUGACAUUCA